AUGACCCAGAACCACUUGCCCCUGACACAGCCUGCCACCAUUCGAAUCUCCUUCUCGAGCAAACUCCUCCAUGACAAGCCCCGCUCCCCUGGCUACCUGCCUACCUCAUCUCAGGACAGGAAGGCCCAUUGCUCCUCCCUCGCUUGUUUAGUUCUGAGAGUCAAGGAAGGCAUCGUGGGCUGGUUGCCGGGCUACCUCCUCUCCUUCCGCCGCUUCCUCUACUUCGACUACUCCCCCUCCUUCUACUGCUUCCUCCACCUCGACUACUUCUUCUCCUUCCACUACUUCCACUUUACCUCGACCUUCUUUCCAGAGCAAGAGCAAAAAAGCCCCCUUCCCCGGCCUAUGCACUUGUCUAAUCGGAAUUCUGCUCCGGCCCCAACUAGCGCCAACGCAGCUCCUAAACAAGUCGACAAGGGCCUCCAGUCGUUCCUCGACGGCAGUGCGGGUCGGCCCGCUGCUCCUGGUAACACGGCCUCUACAGCUACUCAAGAUGCGGCUCCUCAUCUCGCCCGUGUUGGGACUCUCUCCUUGGCUCCCGCUGUUAGCCAGCAGACCAUCGCCUCUACGUCUAACACCGCCUCUGCUGGAAUCCCGCCUCAUCUUACUCCUCGUGCCGUUGCUUCCCACAACACGGCCCCUGUUCGGCCUGCCGCUCCUCCCAAGGCCUCUGUCACCAAGAAUCAACCUGCUGCUGGUUCUGUCGCUGGCGAGCACGAUAAGAAAGACCAUGUCAAGCAUGAGCAGUCUCCCGCUCCAGCUCAACGCAAUGGUCUUGGUCAAAGCAUCUGGGCUGGCAAUGACAGCACGACUGUGGAGACCCCGCGCAAGAACGCUCUUCCAGUGUGCGAGUCUGGCAACGGCAAGGAAAGCAAGUCUGUACUUCCCAACAUCGACGUCGACACCUUGGGCUCCCAAAGCAAACGGGAGAAGCAUGCCCUCUUCGAGGGAAACGCUAACCGCAUGCUGGCUAACUUGCCCAUUGCCCCUAUUAUCGCCACAGAGAACUCGACCACUCCCGCGUCAGCGACUAAAAAUGCUUCCUUCGUUGCCAUUUGGGAUGCUGUUCAAGAAGGAAGGAAUCAAUCUGAUAUCCAAGACCUCUUGAGAGACAUGCAGUCUCUGCCUGCAGCCGAUGGCAAGGUUAUGCAGCCUGUUAUGCAGAGCACCGCGGUUGCCGAGACGGCGCAGGACAUUGCGGAUGAUCCCAAGACCUGCAAUUGUCCUGAGCGACCCCGUGGUCUGCAUGGCCUCAGCUCCUCGAUGUUCAAUGUCGAUGAGGAUGGCGACAAGUCACUUACGGACCCGCAGAAGUUCCUCGUGAACGCCAUUAUUCUGACCCACAGCAACGAGGACUGCCCUGUCCUUCAGAAGUGCAAGGACGACUACCCGCUGUGGUUCGGGGCUAUUCCUGCCACCUUGCCCGAGCAAGAUGACAACCUCGAGGUUAUCCUGUAUGCGGAGAAAGCUGCUACAAAGCGUGCUCCGCAGAAGACCGGCCACAGUCGCGGCCUCAGCAGCUCCAUUUGGGCUUGA